GAGAUGAGCCGGACACACUACCCGGAAAAAAGCCGAUUGCAUGAGUAAUAAUGGGCUGUAGCUAAUAUGUAAAUGAUUAAGUAUAUCGCUAUUUAUUUCACUUUUAUUUUAACCUGUGAUCUUUUUAUAUAAUUCAAAGGCUGACAUUCUCGUAUGAUUGGUAACUUGGCUCAUAUCGCAAGGUUUUGCUUAGGAAACAUGGCAGCAACAACAGAUCACUUCAUGUAUUUUGCUUUUGGAAGCAACUUGUUGAAGGAGAGACUUCAGCUGGCGAACCCCUCAGCUAUAUUUCAUUGCACCGGCCGACUGAAGAACUACACAUUGAACUUUGGUCUGUGGGGGGAGCACAUUGAUAACCGUUGGCAUGGAGGAGUAGCAACCAUCGAGCAGAAAGAGGGGGGAGAGGUGUGGGGGGUGGUCUGGAGGAUGAGCAACGACCACCUAGCCAGCCUGGACCAGCAGGAGGGGGUGGACAUGGGUAUGUACUUCCCCUUAGAGGUGACAGUGGAGACAGACAACGGGGCACUGCUCUGUAGAACGUACCAGAUGAACCGCUUCCACGCCUGUCCCCCCUCGCCACAAUACAAACAGGUGGUGUGUUUAGGAGCCCAGCAGAACGGUCUACCAGUGCAGUACAUGAGGAGACUAGAGGAGGUUCAGACCAACAACUACAGCGGCCCUUCUAUCCUGGACAAGAUCUCACAGGUCAUUAAGUAAUUCUGAUAUUUUUUUCCACUAAUUGGUCUUUUGAUUUGGUGUUUUGACCAAUCGGAUCAGCUCUGAAAAAAUCUGAUGUGAUUAGUGGAAAAAAUAUCAGAAUUGGACUGCCUGUGUAAACGUAGCCAGAAUCCAUCUGAAAUGACAACCAAUUGAGCUCUGGUCAAAAGUAGUGCACUAUAUAGGGUGCCAUUUUGGACAAACACACAGACAGGCACCAUAAAGACUAAUGCAUGUGAUGUGGCUUUGGAGAGAUUUGAUGACGAAUGGUUCAAUUGAAAUGGAAUGGGGCCUUUGAGAGAAAUGGGAGAUGUUGUAAUGUAUUUAAUAGAUGUAUACUGAAUGAAAUCAGUUACUUCAGAAAUCAAUUGAUUUAAUGUAAAUUGUUAUUCUUUGUUUCUUAAGAAGCGUCUGAAGGAUCUCUGCUCCCCAAACUGUAUCUGGUCCAAUUGUCUUUUCAACUAAACAUAAUUUUGUAGUCAUUAAUGACGAUGUAUAUACAGAAUUAUCACCAUAGUGUCCCAGUACAAAUUCUGGAGUUUUAUUUGUGCUUUAGUUUUUACUUAAUUCAACGAAUACAAACUUGUGAUAUAUAUAUAUAUAUAUAUAUAUAUAUAUAUAUAUAUAUAUAUAUAUAUAUAACAAAGAUGCUUGAGUAAAUUAAAGGUGUGUUUUAAAUCAAAUGUUAACAUUUCUGCUGGAUUUGCUGUAUGCUACCUAGAUUUUACACAACCACAGAAAUAAAGCAAUGAACCAACAGAAGAUGUGAUUUCAUAAUUGACAUAAAUGUGUGUAAUUGAGACUCAAAAUUAGCAGCAUGUUUCAGUCACAGCGCUUACAAUUGUCUAAAUUCCCUCACUCCGCAGCAUUGUCAUACAGUAAUAUGAAUCAAUGAAUGUAUGCCCCCCCCAAUCCCAGAUUCCACAAUACUCACUCAAAUCUGAGAGGAUUAGAUCACUGGAGGUGAUGGUCGUGCUACCCUGCUCAGACGUUGCAUGCUUCAACCAAUGGUUGCGUGCCACGUCAUCGACUGCAGUCGGGCACCAGAACUCUGCUCUUUUAGCAGUCUACCAACACUCUCAGAAGACCCAUAACCCAUAAUGGUCUCUAAAUGUGCGUUUAAGUGUAUAUUCAGGUUAUCCCGUUUAGUCUUUUAGCAAGUGAGUGAGGCAAACCAGUAGUGAUGUGGGGAAAAUGUAUACAGUUACAUAUCGUGAUAUUUUGGACGAUAUUAUCAAUAUUUGACUCCAA